GUACUGGGAAUAGUGGCAGUGGCCAUCACCGGUCACUACAUCAAGUGGGACUCUAGUUACUAUGAGAGUAUGGUACCUGAACUGUUCUUCCUGCUGGUAGCUACCACCUGCCUCAUCACCACCACGCUGCUGCUGCUGUCCUGCCUCUGUUCCAUCGCCACGGCCUCCAUCAUACCGAAGACUCUCUUCGAAACUUUGUACCACAUUGUAGCAUCUCUACUCUACCUGUCCGCCGGUUUGUGCUUCAUCAUCUACCUGAACUCGGAGCAGAACCGACGCUACGUUACCAACUAUGGUCCUAAAACUGCCGCUGCUGCGAUCGGGCUGGUGAACACAGCGCUGUACUUCCUGGCCUGCUUCUACUCCGUACGCUCCUACCGCCGGGGCUAAAAUGUACGUGUCUGCUCCAGGUACGUCCU